AUGUCUCAGACCACCGAGUCAAACGAGGUUGAGUUUGGUUUAUUGGACUUUUCAAAGAUUGUUGAUUAUGCCAGAUCACGCCUACUAGCCAUUCGCACCGAGCUGGAGAAGACACAGGACACACUCUCGCCGGUAACUGCUCGGCUUGUUGGCGAGUAUCUGAACUGGGAGGCAGAGGCCUUCACCAUGCCAUGGAUGGCUUAUUGCGCAGGCUUGUCGAUCAACCCGCCGUUAUCGCGAAACCUCCGCCAUCUCAUCGGCGUGCUUGCAAUGAAACAGCUCGCCAUGCUGACUGAUUAUCUUCAUGUCUAUGAAUCUUUCAUGACCUUGAGUGUUCAACCUUCUGGACCCUGGACCAAAGGCCGCCCAGUCAAUACCUAUCACCAUGCAUGGUGGACACGCCUGGUGAAUCUCAAGCGUGAUGACAAGUUCUUUGGCACGUACCCCAACCACCAGCAAGUUCAGGCAUGGGUGACCAAGCAUUUCGAGCAAUUGCCGGAGGGGAUGACGUUGGUCACGCCGGCUACAGUUGUUGAACCAAUGUCAACACUGCUAGCCCAGCAACUGUCCACAAUCUACGCCGAAGCUCAGGAAGAAGGUCGAUGCAUUUUGAAGAUGAUGGAGGACAAGGUCCUAGAGGCAAAGAUGGUGGCUGCCACAAUGGUGCAGAUGGACACGGCAUUGGGAGACAAUGUGAUUACGGCAAUCGCCACCACAGAAAAACUGAUGAGGUAUUUGAAAAGAGAGGACAUGGACUGA